AUGGACUGGCAAAAGCUAAAGGCACUGGGACCACCCGGCCCUUCCUUUCCACGCGCCCUCUGGAGCAAACAACCAGACACCAUCUCGCCCAACGCCUGGAUCGACGGCGUGCGCGGGCUGGCCGCCCUCAUCGUUACGCUCGACCACCUCUUCUGGCACCUCAUCGGGCCCCUCUUCCAAGGCUGGAAGAGCUUUCCCGCCGACGCCCACUCCUCGAUCCUCCAACUCCCCGGCCCCAGCAUCAUCUUCGGCGCGCGCGCCAUGGUGCCCCUCUUCUUCGUCAUCUCCGGCUACUGCAUCUCGCUCUCGUCCAUCCGCGCCCGCAGCAGCGCCGCCUCCACCAACCCCCAGUCCGCCCUCCUCACCACCCUCUCCACCUCCGUCUUCCGCCGCGCCCUCCGCCUCAUGCUCCCCGUCUUCGCCAUCGCCGCAUUCUCCCAACUCGUCUACGCGCUGGGCGGCUACUCCGCCUGGCCCGAGCACUUCGACGCCGCGUCGCUCCCUGCCCCCUCUUCCUCCUCUUCCUCCUCCGAUAGCCCCCCCUCCCCACUCGCCCACGCACGCUACCUCCUCGCCUACGCCGGCAGCCUCUUCGACCAAGUCCUGACGGGGACCCGCUGCCCGGGCACCGGCACGGCGGACUGCCCCGUCGGCUUGAACGGGCAGCUGUGGACGAUCCCGCUCGAGCUGCGCGGCUCGUUCGUCGUCUACCUGUGCGUGCUGGGGCUGGCGCGCACGCGGGAUAAGCCGCGGAAGUGCGUGUUGGCGGCGUUGGCGGGCGCGCUGCUGGUGUGGCGCGGGUGGUGGGAGGGGGCGACGUUUGUGGCUGGGCUGCUGAUCGCGGAGGUGACGACGGCUGCCAGCAAGGGCGACGACGGCGACAACGGCAGCGGUGGCGGCGGCGGUGAUGGGCCGGGCGUCGAGAUGGAGCAGCGCAGGGAGGAGGAGGACGACGACGAUUACGACGGCGAGGACGACGAGGACUUGAUCCUGUUCUCGCCGGCUACCGAGCCGCCGGCCUGGCUGCCGCUGCCGCUGCGGUCGUCGCGGCCGUCGUCGUACGACAGGUGGUCGACCAUUCGAGGGGCGGCGGAAGAAUCAGGCAAGCGGCUCUGCAUGCUGCGCAGGAACGGGAAGAAUGUUCGUUCCGCCGCCUGCGCCCUCGUCGGCAUCUGGCUGCUGUGCUUCCCGAACGACCCGGACAUGCUCGGCGGCUACGGGCCGUGCUACACCUUCCUGAUGUCACACCUGACACCGACACGCUGGUUCGUCGUCAGCGAGGGCGGCAGCGGCGGGGCGGCCCGCGCCGAGUUCUGCUGGCGCGCGGUGGGCGGCGUGGCGUUCGUGGCCGCCCUUGCAGGCAGCGGAUCGACCGUGAGCGCGGUGCUGCGGCGGCCGUUCGUCAGUGCUGCAGCGCAGUACUUUGGGCGCAUUUCGUUCAUGCUGUAUUUGGUGCAUAUUAUGGUUAUUCAGUGUAUGUUGUACAGGGUGCAGGGGCCGCUGGUGGAGGUGCUGGGGGAGGAGAGGGGGUGGGCGGCGGGCGUGGUUGCGCGGUUGGUGCUGUUGCCGCCGAUGUUUUGGAUUGCGGAGGUGUUGGUGGAGGGGUUGGAUAAGAGGUCGAUUGGGUUGGCGAAGUGGCUGUCGCGGGCGUGGUCGGCCGAGGAGCGCUAG